AUGAGACUCUCACGGCGUGGGCUCGGGAAGCCCCAGCCGUCAUUCAUCCUCCUCUUGGUGCUGCUGCUGGCCAUUGCUACUCGCGUGGUCGCAGACCCGGCGGGCGAUGCGAAGACGACCUCUGCGACAAAGGAUACCGCCCAGACCACCGCUGAUCCCUCCACCACUGAUAGCACCUCCAGCACAAGCACCACUUCGUCCUCUUCUUCAUCGACGUCGUCAACAAGGUCCACCUCUAGCACGACUUCCUCCUCAUCUACAACCUCUACGACCAUGGAAUCUACAACGACGACGUCUUCCUCGUCGUCUUCCUCUACCACCUCCACUUCCAGCGACAGCAGCACACCAUCCGUUUCCACAACAACGGACUCAACAUCCUCGUCUUCAACCUCGACAUCCGGCCCGAUCGUGACCAUCCCCCCUACCGCAAAUGCGCCGUACAUGCAAACAACGAAUGUUCCCGAGGGAACAGUGUUUAUCGCCGUCGGUGCGAUCCUGGGGCUGAUCGGGCUGGCGGUCCUAGCCUGGCGCGGUAUGGUUGCAUGGUCUGUGAAUCGCUCAGUGCGGCGCGCAGCCCUAGCACAAACCUCCGAUAAGAAGCGACUGUCGCGACGCGCCGGAGGCAAGAAGCGCUCCCACGGUGUUUACGCCACAGCACCGGGCAACGAUGUAUCCCUCGAUAAGCUCGGCGCAGCCACCCGCGCAAACUACAAGCCCUCGAAGCGGGGUCCCAGCACAAACAGCGGCUUGUUCUUCUCGCCGACGGCCGGUGGUGCGGGAUCGCAUCAUAGUCUCAAUAACGCGAGUAACCGUGGUUCGAGUUACCUGCCCGCCGGGUACUAUGCUGCCGCUGGUACCUCUACGCCAGUAAGGGAUGCGAGCGGGUCACAGACCAACAUUUAUUCUCCUACCGCUGGUCUCUCCUCGCCUACAGGGUUCCAUACGGGCUCCUCUCCAUCUCUCCCUGCGGUCGGUGGCUACCCCGAUAUGCCGCAUUCUCGUCACUCCCAUCUCGGUGCCUCCACCAGCUCGCUGAACCUCAGCCAAGCGCCGCAAGGUCGUGCACCGAGUGCAUACCUGGAGGAUCUCUUUGAAAGCCAUACAUCGCCUCGUCAUUCCGAAUCUGGUCUUGGUCGUCACCCGGACUCUGGUCGGCGAUGA